AUGGAGCACAAUAGUAGCCCAAUAAUACAAGUGAAGAACAAUUUUUCAAUUAGGAACAACAAAAUUUUGGACAAAAAAGAAAAUCUGAAAGGCCAAAAUGAAAACAUAGCAGCGUCCCUUCAUUUGACUUUCUCCCAAACAAGAACUGGUUCAUGGGCCUCACCGCGCGAGAAUAUCCAAACAGUUCCUAUCACUAGCACUCUCAGCAUCUGUCUCUGGCACUGUCGUGUUCCCUUUGACCCCCGAAUCUCCGAUUGCGCCAUCAUAGCAACAAAAUCAUCAAAAAGACACAAGCCUCGGAGACAUCGCCCCAAUAAUUUUGAAGGGUUUCUGUGUUAUUGUUGUGAAAGAGGGCUUUCGGUUACAGUGACAUAUGAUCAUAGGGCACUGGUUAUUGAUGGGAAGAGGCGGGUUUUGCAAUCUGGAUCGAUCCAUUAUCCGCGAAGCACGCCUGAAGUGUGGCCAGAACUCAUCAGGAAAUCGAAGGAAGGAGGAUUGGACGUGAUUGAGACAUACGUUUUUUGGAACUAUCAUGAGCCUGUGAGAGGACAGUACUACUUCGAGGACAGGUUUGACCUGGUUCGAUUCGUGAAGACAGUGCAGGAAGCGGGCCUUUUUGUGCAUCUGAGGAUUGGGCCAUAUGUUUGUGCUGAAUGGAAUUACGGGGGAUUUCCUAUGUGGUUACACUUCAUUCCUGGCAUCCAGUUCAGGACAACAAAUGAUCCUUUUAAGGAAGAAAUGGAGCGUUUUCUAGCAAAAAUUGUUAAUCUAAUGAAGGAGGAGAAUCUAUUUGUAUCGCAAGGAGGGCCAAUCAUUCUUGCACAGACAUUAUUUUUGGGAAAUGGUCGAUCAUUUUGA